AUGCUAAAACAAAAUUCUGAAAUCAAUAACGAAAUCAAGUGUUUAGAAUUUUUUUCAGGAAUAGGAGGGAUGCAUUACGCAUUUAAUACUAGUGGGGUAAAAGGAAAGAUUGUGGCAAGUUUCGAUUUGAAUAUUGUGGCUAAUUCUGUGUAUCGGUUCAAUUUUGGAACGAAUCCUGUGACAACAUCAAUUGAAGUGCUGAAAACUGUUGAUGUCGAAAAAUACGGUGCGAAUUGUUGGCUGAUGAGUCCUCCAUGUCAACCUUAUACUCGAGGAGGGAACAAUUUAGAUGAUAAAGAUACAAGAGCAAAACCUUUGCUUCGCUUGAUUGAAUUAUUGCUGCAGUUGCGUGAACCUCCUUGUUAUAUUUUCUUAGAGAAUGUAGUGAAUUUUGAGAAAUCAAAAUCUCGAGAAAAGCUUGUGUGCCAGCUCAUUCGAAUGAAUUAUGAGAUUCACGAAUGUAUUUUGAGUCCUUUACAAUUCGGUAUACCAAAUGAUCGAAAACGCUACUAUUUAAUGGCACGUAAAAAAGACAGCGAAACACGCAAUUGUGACGAGGAAGUACUCGAUUAUUUGUCAAAUGCCGAGAUAUACGCGAGUUGGCCGUUUCCAUAUAUGCUAAAAGGAAACGAAAGUAUCAAUACGGAUAUUCCCCCAUUAUCAGAUUUCUUGGAGAACACGAAUACUGAUUCUGGAUUGGAUGAUGAAAAAUUCAUGGAACUUCAUAAAGUUCACGAAAAAUAUAUUUUAAAGAGAUUCAAUUUUAAGUAUGAUAUAGUGCAAGCUUCUCACUGUAAAAGUUCUUGUUUUACUAAAGCUUAUGGUAGUCAUCAUGUAAUUGGAUCGGGUUCCUUUCUUCAGACGAAAAAAAUCGAGGUAACAGAAUACGAUUUCGCAAAUCCAAUAUCUUUGCUCGAGUUAGGUUUACGUUUCUUUACGCCGCUUGAGGUUGCGCGGCUUCAUGCAUUUCCAAUUAAACCAGUUGAAACACAGCACGAAACUUCAGAGAAUUCAUCAAUGCAAAACAUUUUCUUUGCGAAGGAUCCUGAAAACGCAACAAUAAUGUCAAACAUUCCAAGAGCAUUUAAUCCAAAAUUAUUAGUCUCUUCGAUAAAUCCGAUAUAUUUAGAAUUCCCCGAUGAUAUUAGAAUAAUUCAACGUCAUCGACUGCUUGGGAAUAGUUUAAAUGUGUGGGUAGUUGCAGAAUUAUUUCGAUGUGUGCUAUUUCACAAAAACAACUGA